AUGGCCGACGACGAGAUUUUGUUCGAUGAUGUAUACGAACUGUGCGAGGCCAUUGGGAGGGGGCCAUUUUCAAUAGUUCGUAGAUGCAUUCAUCGGGAGUCCAAUCAGCAAUUCGCAGUAAAGAUUGUAGACGUCGCCAAGUUUACGGCAAGUCCGGGACUAAGUACAUCUGAUUUGAAGCGAGAGGCAACGAUAUGUCAUAUGCUGAAACAUCCUCAUAUUGUCGAGCUGCUGGAGACGUACAGUUCCGAAGGGAUGCUAUACAUGGUGUUCGAAUAUAUGGAAGGAUCAGACAUUUGCUUCGAAGUAGUACGUCGUGCCGUGGCUGGAUUUGUAUACAGUGAAGCAGUAGCUUGCCAUUACUUACGCCAAAUAUUGGAGGCAUUGCGUUACUGCCACGAGAACGACAUCAUUCACCGGGAUGUCCGACCGGCAUGUGCUCUGCUGGCGACCGCAGAUAAUUCGGCUCCCGUCAAGCUUGGUGGAUUUGGUUCGGCGGUGCAACUUCCUAGCGGCCGUGACUCGGUAGAGACGCAUGAAAGAGUCGACCCCCAUCGUUCGUUUUUGAGUCCGAGAGGAAAGCUCUACCUGAAGUCAGAUAGUGAGGGACGAGUGGGUUGUCCACAUUACAUGGCCCCGGAGGUGGUGGCACGCCGCGUCUACGGCAAGCCUUGCGAUGUCUGGGGCGCUGGCGUGAUGCUACACGUGCUGCUAUCCGGUCGUUUACCUUUCCACGGUUCCGGCAAACGUCUGCAGGAUGCCAUUGCACGAGGACGUGUAACGCUGGAUACGUCGGAAUGGAAGCAUGUGUCAAGCCAUGCUAAAGAUCUGGUCCUCAAGAUGCUUGCACCCAAUCCCAUUAGUCGGCCAACAAUAACGGAAAUUCUGGAUCAUCCUUGGAUACGGGACCGCGACAAGCUGCAACGUAUCCAUCUUGGUGACACUGUUGAAGAGCUUAAGCGCUACAAUGCGCGACGUAAGCUAAAAGCUGCCGUCCAAACGGUGGCUGGCGGUGUUGCGAUGGAUCCCCUGUGCUGCGCCGAUACCGACUCAAUGGCCAUUGGUACAGCAUCGGAGAGCCUCAACGAGUGGGCCGACGAGGAAGCUGGCCUGGAGGCGAUCCAAAAAAUUCUUGACUCAUUAGACGAUAUCAUUGCUUUGCAAGACGCCAACUGCGAUCCGGAUGUGCUGGCCAGCAUGCUACGCGACGUCAAGCUGCACGAACUGUUGCAGUUGUUCGAUAGAAUCAGUAGUUCCGUUAUUAAUCCAUUACGGGCCCCGCCGGGAGACGCCAUCAGCCGAUGCCGGGACGCGAUCGACAUCAUCUCAUCCACCGCGGGACACAAGUAUGGGCGCGAGAAGACCGAGCUCAUCAACCUACUAGGAUCACCCCACAUUCAGACUGGUCAUGCCAUCAUUGAUUGA